AUGGGUCGUCGGGAUGAGGCACUCUUUAUCCUGAAGCGUGUUCGAGGUACUGCAAACGAACGUGCAGCCAUUUUUGAGAUGCGUGAGAUUGAAACUAUCGUUGAGCUGGAAAAGGAAUCAGAGGAUCAUAUUACCUACUUCGACAUGUUACUUGGUACUGGGAAUGAGAAUUUGCAUAUCGCACGCCGUGUGCAGCUGGUGGUCUGGCUGCAGAUUUUACAGAGCUGGACAGGCAUUGCAGGUGUCACCAUGUACGCGCCGAGUGGCCCCGCUCGUGGUGGAUUAGAUCACGCAGACAAUCAAGGGCCCAGGGGUAUCGCAGCAACGUCCAUGGUAUAUCUUGAUACAUUUAUCUUCGGUGCUACUUGGCUCACUGUGCCAUGGCUGUACCCCGCGGAGAUCUUUCCAUUGAAGGUUCGAGUCAAGGGAAAUACCUGGGGUGUUGUUGGCUGGAGCUUGGGUAAUGGGCAUGUCUUCUGA